AUGGCAGAAUCAUUAUCAGAUGAUGAUAAAACAGAUUCUAUUGAAUCAUCUUCAUUUCAAGAUAAUUAUGAAGAUUUUAAUAAAGAAUUUAUGAAGAAGCUAUUAUAUAAUCAACAAAACGUUAAUUGGUGUGAUUUUGAUAUUAUGAAAGAUGGACAAUUAUCAUUUUGGGAAUGUGAAUUUUUAAACGAAAGUGAAAAUUGGACAAAAAGUACAUGUUCUUGUCCAGCUUGUUUAAAAAUUAUUAAUGAUUUAAUAAAUCAAUCACAAAAUGAAGAUACAUCAAGAAUUGGUCAAUUAAUUCAUCAAGUUGCCAAAAUCUUACACAUUAUACCUCAACAUUCUAUAUCUGAAGAUUUUAUUCGUAAUAUAUUUAAUCGAUUUGGUAAUUUAAUAGAUGUUCGUUCGAUAAAUUCACAAUUAUGUUAUAUUAUGUUCAGUGAUGAACGUAGUGCUGAUAUUGCUAUGAAAACAAUGAAUGGACAAGGAAAUUCCAUUAAUUCGUACACGUGCUGUUGA